AUGGUUCAGCUCAAUGUAAAGGCCACGGAUCUGCUGUGGAAGGCGCCAGAACUGCUGCGCAACGAAGCCUUGCUCAUCAAAGGCACGCCCUAUGGGGACGUCUACGCCUUCGGGAUCAUCAUGCAGGAGGUGCUGCUGCGCGGCGAGCCCUACUGCAUGCUGCAGCUCUCCCACCAGGAAAUCUUGUCGCGGCUGCGCGACCCGCCCCCGAUGAUCAGGCCGUCGGUGCGCCAGAACGUUGCGCCCCCCGACGCCAUCAACGUCAUGAAGCAGUGCUGGGCCGAGAUCCCUGAAAUGAGGCCAGACUUCAACGAAAUCCACGAGACCUUCAAGAAGCUCAACAUGGGCAGGCGGCAGAACAUCGUCGACACGAUGUUCCAGAUGCUCGAGAAGUAUUCGAGCAACUUGGAGGAUCUCAUUAAGGAACGCACCGAGCAACUCGACGUCGAGAAGAAAAAGACAGAGCAGCUGCUCAACAGAAUGCUGCCGAGCUCUGUAGCGGAUCAGCUGAAGCUUGGCAUGCAAGUGGCACCUGAGGAGUUCGACGAGGUCACCAUCUACUUCUCAGACAUCGUGGGCUUCACGACGAUCAGUGCCUACAGUACUCCCUUCGAGGUGGUCGAUCUGCUCAAUGAUCUCUACACGUCCUUUGACGCCACCAUCGACCACUACAACGUCUAUAAGGUUACUUCAACCACUACAACGUCUAUAAGAUUACUUAAACCACUACAACGUCUACAAGGUGCUGCUUGGCGCAUCCACAUCAGUGAGCAAACUGCCUUCAAGUUGCGGGAAUCGGGCGACUACCAUCUCGAGUAUCGGGGGCGGACGCAAAUCAAAGGCAAAGGCCUCCUGCCUACUUACUGGCUUCUUGGCAAAGACGAUUUUAAGAAAGAACUGCCAAAGCCUCCUGAUAUUGGCCAUGAUCAUGGGUUGGACGAAGAGCUCAUAAAGCAAGGUCGCCAGCACUACACUACCAGACGGGACUCGGUGGUCGAGGCUAUGUCUGCGGCCAAGUUUCUUUCACAAGCUGCAGCACAAGCUGGAGUUUCUGGUAUCUCACUCUCGAGAGGGAAUUCCUUCAAUCGACCAUUGUCACGCAACAGUGGUCGGUACCAAGAGCUUCCAACAAUAUGCGACUCUGAAAGUCCGGUUUCAAGAAGGCAAAAGUCUAAAUUAUCGCCACUUCAGCAAAGCCCAGACUCUGAUUCUCCUGGAGUUGGAAGAACGAAUUCUAAAAAGAAAAGCUCAUUGCAAGUGCCAACUGAAGAACAGGUUUCCGCUACCAAGAGUUCCAAGCCCCCUGAUGAAGCUAGCAAAGCUCUAUCUCCUGACAUCCGUAGAGAGCGAGUGCUUCUUCCAUGUGAAACAGCUAAAAUUUCUUCGGCGUCGGACACUAGUCGAGAAUCUCAACAAAAGCCGACGGUGGACCAAAUGACAUCCGCUAAGAUAGAACAACUCCCGUCUGUGCGACAAAAAUUGAUACCUCCUACCACCCGAUCAAAAAAUAAUGUUCACAAUGAAAAUGAGCAGAUAACGAACGACGCCAGAAUAUUAGAACAAGGCUUUAAGGUAAAAUCUAAAGAAUAUAGGGUGAGAACUAAACACCAAAGCACAAAUAUACCUGUAGAACCAAUCACCAGCCGACACCACAAAACUUCGUCGUCUUCGGAUAUGUCCAGAAAAAGUAACGAUAAGAAAUCGAUCGUUGGGAGCGUAAAAGUGUGCAAGCCCGGAAGUGGUUGCAGAGGUCGUAUGGCCCAAACAAUUCUACCUCAUUCUGUGCCAACUUUUGAAGGAAUGCUUGCAUGUGCACCCAAUUUGUACGGGGAUCCGUACGUGACUUCACUAUUACCCCAUCCGUACCACAUAUCGCCUCACGUGAAAACCUUGCCUAAAUCCAAAGAACGCACAAAUGUCUAUAGUCGAAUGCAAGGACAAUCGUUAGGUGGUACUACUUAUCUACCUUACAAUACAAUACCCCGACCAUCGAGGUAUGCAUCUCACCUCCCGCAGGUAAUAUCACAUCCCGUUUUCGCUACCCAGGUUUCUGCUAUUCCACCCAAGAGAAAUAUGCCCUUCACAAUCGUUCAUGCCCCGAAAUUGGUGUCCCAAGACUCCAAAAGCCAAAAUAUUGUAAAGCGCAGUACGAGCAAACCGUUGGAAACGUGCAACAAAACUAAAAGUAGAACAAAUCCUGAUUUUCCUCCCGAUAUUCGGACACUAACCGAAUCGACGAUGCUAUGACAAAAUGAUCCUCUAGAUGAAAAAGUCGAGCAAUCAGUUGAAUAUUGUGAUGUUAUCUUUAAAGGUGACUCGAUAGUUGAUGAUUUAUAUGUCUAUUGUUAGAUUUCGUUGUUAAGCUGUUGUGAAGGAACUUCAUGCAUUAUUGGCAAAAUUUAUGCCAUUUGCAUUUUAGGCAGGAUUUUUUUUUGUAGACAAUCAAAUUUAUCAUGACGCAUUGAAUGGAUAUAUUUUUGAUCGUUUUUGAUCGUGAUUGUUGUACGUGUUAGUUGAUCCCUGGUUUUAAAAUUUAGUUGAACUUGGAACAGAAAUUUUAGGGGAAUAUCUUAGCUUGAAUUGGAAUAAAUUUGCUACUUGAAGACUCAGAAAUCUGAACGCUGCCGCAUUCAGAUUUCAUAUCAAUUUUUUUUAAAUCUGACAACAAAAUAAUUCGUGGUAUUAAGAUGUUAUAAUAAUUGAUUUCUUUGGGGGAGAGAGGAAUAUAUAAAUUCCCAGAUAACACUUAUUUGAACGGUUCAACCAUUACCUGAAUGUGUGCCAAUAGUUAAGAUUACGUGAAUGUUGCAUGGUUUAGAUAUGUUGCACAAUAGUUCGUAACGCCUGGUUGUAAAUCUGUCUGAGCGAUCUGUGUUCAAAUGGUCGAUUUAUAACAGGUUUCUGUGAUUAAUUAUAGAAUGGAGAUGACGUCAUGAUUCAGACAGAUUUACGAAAACUGAGGCUUUGCUUAAUUCUAUGCCGACUCACAGUGGGACUUUACCUGUUCAAUGAACCUGCUAGAACUUUGGCAUCCAAAGAUGGAUAAUAAAGAACCAUUUCUGCAAAACCACUAACGGUACGACAGGUGUUCAGGGAAGUGCCUCGCCUCGACUGCAUGCGACAUGUCCAUUGUCCAUUGCUGCUGAUGUAAACUCUUCAAGUUCUUUAAUUUUGAACUGUUUUUGUACCAUAUGUGUUCUUUGAUAGAUGUAUCUAUUAGGCAGAUAAAACAACUUUCAAUAAAUGUAAGGUGCGUGUUAGGCAAUCAAGCCUACUAAUGUUUUGUUAACACGUCUGACUCAGGCUAGCUGUCGUCUCCCAUCUUCCUACCAUACCAAUGAUAUUGAGCUUAAAAAUACACUCUGAUCAAGGAAAUAUAUUGUGUGCAACUGCUUUGUCGAUCUACAAUUGUAGGAGUGCACUCGUUACAAACUUCAAUUUGCGGUGAUGAGAGCUGAUGGUUUGAAUUCGAAUCUCGAAAAGUUAAUGCAUUGAAUAGCUUCAAUUCCUUUGGGAUAGGUGAAGUUUCUGUCUUGAAUAGUUUCUGUCUUACAUUGUUGGAAUAGUUUCUGACCAAUGUAUUUGUUUAGUGAGCUUGUUCAAUCGUUUGUACUUCAUAAAAAUGCUUAGGUGUUAAACAUAGCGUCCAUCAAAUGUGUGUUGACGUAAUUGAAUGCAGUCCUCAAAGCCAUAUAUCAUAGCUCAAUGGAUCGAAUUAUUUACUGUAAAAUAUAGAACAGAUGAAUUCAAAUGUUUGGAUGUUAGUUGAUAAAUAGGCUUUGCUCCUAGACAAUAAUCAAUGAAGUCUGUGAUCAAAUAUUGAAUUAUUUUCGUAGAGAGUCUUGUACAGUCAAAGAGGCAGUUGUUUAUAGGCCUGUGAGCUUGGCGUCACUUCAGUAUCUUCGCCAGGUCAGACAUUUUUCGUGAGUUAUACCUGGCAAGGAAAUUUUUAUACUAAAAACCUGGCGAAGACAUAAAUUUACAAAAUAGCAGGCAUCAUUUAAGGAAUAUUCAACAAGAUUAUCUAUAAAGAUGAUUAGGCACAUGAGGCAUUUCCGUAUCCAGCUAAAAGAAGCCCAUUGUAUCAGUUGUCAAUAAAUGUUUAA